CGGGAAUAGCUGCAGCUUGCCGAUCGACUUUGUGAGCAAUAGGCUUUAUCUGCGUGUAAAUUAAGUUAUAGACUUUUCUACGUUUAUAUUUUGGAAGUAAAUACAUAACGGGUUGGUUUGUGGAUGGGAAUGCGGCAGGAUUGUGUAGUUUUAAUGAAUACAUUAAGCUAGCAUGUUAGCUAAGCGAUGUGUCGCCCAUUGCUCCGUUCAAACAACCACGAGUUCACGUGUUUGUCUGCCUUCUUUGCUUUGUUUUUGACUUCUCUUUCUCGCACAGGUUUUCGCAGAAGAAUGUCUUUCAGAGGUGGAGGUGGACGAGGAGGCAGAGGAGGAGGCGGUGGAGGAUUUAGCCGAGGUGGAGGAGGCGGGUAUGGAGGAGGCAGAGGAGGCGGUGGAGGAUACGGAGGAGGCCGAGGAGGUGGAGGAUUCGGAGGCGGCAGAGGAGGUGGAUUCAACCGGCAGCAAGACUACGGUCCUCCAGAACAUGUCGUGGGACUGGGAGAGUUUGUGCAUCCGUGUGAAGAUGACAUCGUGGUCAAGUGUACGACGGAGGAAAACAAAGUCCCCUACUUCAACGCCCCCGUGUACUUGGAAAACAAGGAGCAAAUCGGGAAGGUGGACGAGAUCUUCGGCCAGAUCCGGGAAUUUUAUUUUUCAAUCAAACUUUCUGAUAACAUGAAGGCGUCUUCAUUUAAGAAAAUGCAGAAGUUUUAUAUCGAUCCAAUGAAGCUCCUCCCGCUGCACAGAUUCCUCCCCAGGCCGCCGGGAGAGAAGGGUCCACCAAGAGGAGGCCGAGGAGGAAGAGGCGGUGGUUUUCGAGGUGGCCGUGGUGGAGGAUUCGGGGGUGGACGGGGUGGAGGAUUUGGUGGUGGGCGAGGUGGAGGAUUUAGAGGCGGCAGCCGGGGUGGGGGCUUCAGAGGAGGGAGGGGAGAUGGAGGAGGACGUGGAUUCAGAGGCUCGAGAUAAUGUGAUGGUGGUGGUCUGCUGUGACGGUCUCAUCCUCAUCUUGUGCCACACAAGCAGAGCGACUGCGCUCUGUGAUGGUGCCUGGCCUGUUGGACUCGGAUUAUAGACAUUGCCUCUAAUUGAAGAACGUGACUGGAUUUUCCCUCGUUUUUUAUUUUUGUACCACGUCUGACUAUGUGAUGGGUGAUUCUUAUUUAAAAGGUCCAUGCGUAUGCUUGUGUGUAACAUAACGGGGACCUUUCAGCCUGGGAGAGUCAUCGGGUUCCUUUGUGAACAGGCAUAUCAAUAUCCUGAUUUUAUUCAAAUGUUUGGCCCUGACAGUUUGUACUUUGACAAAUAGUUACAUUCACAAAAUUCCAUCGAUUCAUUUCCUCCGAUGUAGGAGUUCAUUGUCUCCUGUUGAUUGUAAACAAUUUAAUACGCCAUGUUUGUAAAGUCCUCAGCAAAACGUUGUCACACUUUUUUGGCCUUGAUUAAAAGGUGCUUUGUA